UGGUUGUUAUAGUGAUAAACUGAGGCCUUGCCUCUCGGCUUCUCGGAGAAGGAAAGGGGCGGGGGGUUGGGGGCUAACCUCUUUACUUCCCCCUGGGAAGACAGAAAGAAGGGACGAAGAAGGGGGAUGGGUGGGGAAGAGAAAAAUACGUGACAAAGAAAACAUUCUCUGCCUGGGAGGAGACUCACAGAGGGUAUAGAGCUGGAGGGAGCAUUCACUGGCCAUGCCAGUACUUACCACUGAUGCUGAGUCAGAAACAGGUAUCCCAAAAUCCCUUUCCAAUGAGCCUCCCUCAGAAACCAUGGAGGAAAUAGAGCACACAUGCCCACAGCCUCGACUGACCCUGACUGCACCCGCCCCAUUUGCUGACGAAACCAGCUGCCAGUGCCAAGCACCCCAUGAAAAACUGACCAUUGCUCAGGCCCGCCUAGGAACUCCAGUUGACAGACCUGUCAGGGUAUAUGCAGAUGGAAUAUUUGACCUCUUCCACUCAGGUCAUGCAAGGGCACUUAUGCAAGCAAAAACACUGUUUCCCAACAGCUACUUGUUGGUAGGAGUUUGCAGUGACGACCUCACUCACAAAUUCAAGGGUUUCACCGUGAUGAAUGAAGCAGAGAGAUACGAAGCUCUGAGACACUGUCGCUAUGUGGAUGAAGUCAUCAGAGAUGCUCCCUGGACACUCACGCCAGAGUUUCUGGAAAAACACAAGAUUGACUUUGUGGCCCAUGAUGACAUCCCGUACUCCUCUGCUGGCUCUGAUGACGUUUACAAGCAUAUAAAGGAAGCAGGAAUGUUUGUUCCAACGCAGAGAACAGAAGGCAUCUCAACAUCAGACAUCAUCACCAGAAUUGUCCGUGACUAUGAUGUUUAUGCCCGACGCAACCUCCAGAGAGGGUACACAGCCAAGGAACUGAAUGUCAGCUUUAUAAAUGAGAAGAAGUACCGCUUCCAAAACCAGGUAGACAAGAUGAAGGAAAAGGUCAAAAACGUGGAGGAAAGAUCAAAGGAAUUUGUUAACAGAGUGGAAGAAAAGAGUCAUGAUUUAAUUCAAAAGUGGGAAGAGAAGUCAAGGGAAUUCAUUGGCAACUUCCUAGAACUCUUUGGGCCUGAUGGAGCAUGGAAGCAGAUGUUCCAGGAGAGGAGCAGCCGGAUGCUGCAGGCCUUGUCUCCGAAGCAGAGCCCCGUGAGCAGCCCCACCAGGAGCCGUUCCCCUUCCCGCUCCCCGUCGCCCACCUUCUCAUGGCUCCCCAACAAAACCUCACCCCCCUCGUCGCCCAAAGCAGCCUCGGCCUCCAUCAGCAGCAUGAGCGAGGGGGAUGAGGAUGAGAAGUAAAGGCUGUUGGCAGACGGCGAGAGCCACACCACACAGGCUGGGGAGGAGGGCGGGAGCACUGGGGACGCCUGGGUGGUGUUGGAAGGGUAACAGGUGCAGGAGCUGCAGCUCAGCAGGGAGACCCUGAGUUCUGCCAAGGGAAGGCCUCGGGACCAGCUCUCCCUCCGUCUCCACUUAGCCCGAGACUCGGGCUCUGCAUGGAGGUUUCCAGCCGGACAACCUAUUCAAACCUUCUUAGCAUCAUCUAGAGUCACUCUACUUUAACCUUGCUAAGGCAAGAUGCAGAGCACCCUGGGAGACUUGCACUGAGGGAGGUGUCUUCUGCUUUGGUCCUUAUCCCCGCCCCCACCCAGUAUACGACCUGCGGAAGCAGCCGUCCCCCUCAAUCUGCUGCUUCUGGCUCCUAAGGGCCCUGCACGUUGCCUCCAAGCACCCAAGCUCCACCAGAAUAAAGUUGUUUCCAGUAGAGGUGGCACAGUGCUUCUGAAAUAGUCGACUUAACGACAAAUGCCAACCUUUUCCGUUGAGUCACUGAGGUCCGAUGUUGCAUCGCCUUGGUUCUUUCUGGUUCCAGAAAUGGGGCGUUUAGACAAAGCCUUGUUUUAGGCCAGAUACAGAAAAGGUCACCUAGUAUGAACUGUAACUUCUUAUCUGAAGGACAGUUUUGUCAAGGAGAACGCCACCUAAGGCCUAACAUGCUCCUGCUUGUCCUCUUUCAUCAGUGGUUUGACUUCAUUGUUUUCCAGAAAUUACCUUAAUCUUUCGGAAAUGCAACAAAACAUCAUAUAUAUAUAUAUAUAUAUAUAUAUAUAUAUAUAAAAAAGGAGCCACUUUGCUUUGGCUCCAUGUUUAGCAGAUGGUAGGUGUUUCUUGAAGCUUCUUAAAGGACGCUAUUAUGGAAUGGCUUUUCCCAUUUCUGACCAGUUUCCAGUUUCAUAGGCCUCAAGUAACAGUUUGGUAUACCAAACCACAUAGUAUACAAUAGGGGGUGCUACUUGCACGAAUCUGAUCUAUGCUCCCAACAUGCCAUCCAGAGUGGAGACCAUAUGCAAUAUAAAUAUAUGGUGGUGGCAUUUUCCACUCUCCCCCUCUCCUGCUCUCACCCUAAUACCCCGCUGAAAUCCUUGGUCUUAAGAACUACCUGGUUUCCUUGUGACUUGGGCACUUUGUCAAAAGCUCACCCUGCAUUCCUUUAGACAUGUCUCGUCCCAGCCAAGAAAUGAUUUUUGCAUGUUGUUCUCAUGGCCUCCCAUCACCUUCUUGAGUGGAGGAAGGACUCUGAAGAUUGUCACAGAGCACGGUGACAACCUCAGCAUCCCCACCGAGUUGUCUUAAGUUCCCAUCCCCGAAGCACAGGUAGGAAAAGAGCAGGUGGAGGCAAAGUGUAGAACCACCCUUGGACAGAAGAGGCAUUGCCUGGCUGUCCUAGUAAAACCAGAGGCCCAAAACAGCCCCUUGUGGGCACAGCCCAGCAUCUCUUGUGACAGAAACUGCCCCUUUCAGAGGCUCUGGGAGCCAGCCUUCUGAGUGACAAGUGGGGCAACCGAUGAAGCAAGGUGGCAUGUCUUUCCCCCUCGUGCUGGCGUUGUACUACCUCCCUGCCCACCUGGAGAUAAGUGGUGGUUUUUCGGAAGCAAAACCAUGAGUCUAAGCUGGCCUGGAACCCACUUGUUCCUGGCACUUUCUCCAGAACUCUGUCGAGCACUCAUGGGGGACGGAGAGCUGGUGGGAACGUGGCACGUGAGAAGAAAACUUCUCAUUGCAACUGGGGCCCAGAACAUUGCCCGGCAGAGAGAGACAAAGGUCCAUGCUUCCACUGCGCCCAUUUGGUCUCUCCUGUCGUGUACUCAGGGCACACUGGGCUCGUGUGCCCAGUGUCUCUAUUGAUGUUGUUGAGGAGGAGAAGGCCAGGUGGACAAGGCAAGGCAAUGAGAACAGGGGAAGGGAAAAGGAAAAAGAGAUGCCUGGAGAGAGGAAAGAAGGUUAAAGAGAACCUACGCCCUCAAACCAUUUCAGGGCCUCGCUUUAUUGGGGAAACUCUCAAGAAUACCUCUCAUGUGCUUACUCCAUGGCCCAGAGCAGACAAAUCCACUGUCAUCUGAAUCCUGUUCUGGAGCAGAGAGCUUGGGAUUGAUGUUAUCAGGCAGACUGUAAGUUUGCCCAUCUUACACGCCACACUGACAGGUGGUGCUUACAUGACUCAGAUUUGGUGCCAUCCUGGCCGCCAAUUAUGGAAAAUGACCAAUGCCUGAGAUACUGCAGGGAUGGGCCAUAGCAACCCCCAUGUGUGUUCUAAAUCUCACCCUCUGCCCCCGCCCCCAUGUCUAACGAUAUCUUCCCACCCUAAGGCUACAAGAUUACUGAGAAGGAAUGGGGGGGGAUUCUGCAACCCAACUUUUGAUAUUUCCUAGCUGUCAGUUUCUCCCUGCCCCUCCUCCCCGGCCCAGGAGGAGAUGGGGUUGCUCCUAGGGCUGACCAGUCAACAGUAAUGGUCAAGAGUGGGUUAAGGCUGGAAUGAGAGAUGUAGCAGGUGUGGUACACGCUCAGAGAGGUAAGCAGAAGGGACAAAAGGCAAGGAAAGGCUCUUCUGCUCUAGAAGGAGAAGGAAGCUUGAGGCUGAGGCCUAGGGAACAGCCACUUAGGCUGUGGAAGGAGGCAGGUUACAUGCAGAUGGGCAGGGGCUGGGUGAGUAGCUCCUUUCCGCUCUCUUGGGCAUGUCACGCACUCCCUAACAGGUGAAGAAGGCGGGCUUCCUUUCACAGACACCCAGGGGUACCCAUGCAGGAUGGGGGUUCUCCCCACCCAGCAUUCCCCUUUCAGCCCUCCUCCAUUAGCUGCCACAGCUUCCUUCUGGGGACUCCGACAUCAAACAUUCACCAGCUCAAAACACGGGGCAAUUGUGAUGUCACGGUCACCUUGAAUGGCCUGUUUCUGGCAAGCCAGCUCCCGUGGGCCAGGACUUCACAAAGGCAAAGGAAACCAACCCCAAGAGGGAUCUCGAGACCUAAGUCUGCCUUCUGACCUGUGCUGCGGGGAAGAGACACGGCCGGGGGAUGGCCAGCUUGCACCAUGCCUUAGGCUGCAGUUAGGAGACUCCAUCCUUGGAGGGAGGGACGGGACGAGUGUGGAUUUCUUCUCUAGCGCCCAGGUGUACCCCAGGUGUGCGAGAUGGCGACAGGGACUCAGCUCAAUCCGAUGAGUGGGAGGGAGAGCACAUGUUCCUAUUCCUCAGGCCUCCUUUCAGCACUAGUCCUGACCAUCAGAUCUUUUUUUCUUUCUUUUUUUAAAAAAAGAAUGAGCUCAUGAGGCAUUUGCAACUUCUACUUUUCUCUAGACUUUUUUUGUUGUGUCACUGCGAUCUGUCCCGGGACAAAGCCAUACGAAAAGCAUGCGUACUUAAGACUUGCUGUACACUAAGACGACGGUGGUGCCUGGUCUGGGUUAAAGCACGACCUUACGCCCAAGCAUUUGCUCUGGUGCUGAAUUACUCGACCUUCGGAGUCAGCCCCUCCCCCCUCCGCCCCUGCCCCUCCCCCUCCUCCUCCAAACCCACUCCUGCUCUCCAACGGAACAUGGCAUUACCAACUUCUU